GGUGUAAUGUCUUUGCUGAGACCUCUUUUGCUGGAUGUCGUCCCAACUAUUCAACAGACUGCUGCUUUGGCUCUUGGGAGACUUGCCAAUUAUAACGAUGACCUGGCAGAGGCAGUCGUGAAGGGAGACAUUCUUCCACAGCUCUUGUGUUCAUUGUCUGAGCAGAAUCGUUUCUACAAGAAAGCAGCUGCAUUUGUGCUAAGAGCAGUUGGUAAACAUUCUCCACAGCUAGCUCAGGCAGUAGUUCAGUGUGGAGCACUGGAAAUGCUUGUGAUUUGCUUGGAAGAUUUUGACCCUGGAGUCAAAGAAGCUGCAUCUUGGGCACUUGGGUAUAUUGCCCGACACAAUUCAGAACUGUCACAAGCUGUGGUGGAUGCAGGCGCUGUUCCUCUUUUAGUGCUCUGUAUCCAGGAGCCAGAAAUUGCUUUGAAAAGGAUUGCUGCUUCAACUCUCAGUGAUAUUUCAAAGCAUUCUCCAGAGUUAGCACAGACAGUAGUGGAUGCAGGAGCUAUCGCUCACUUAGCUCAGAUGAUCCUGAACCCUGAUGCUAAACUGAAGCGUCAGGUGCUGUCAGCUCUAAGCCAAAUAGCAAAGCAUUCAGUGGAUCUUGCAGAGCUGGUGGUUGAAGCAGAAAUUUUCCCAGUUGUGCUCACAUGCCUGAAGGACUCAGAUGAAUAUGUCAAGAAAAAUGGUGCAACUUUAAUUAGAGAGAUAGCAAAGCAUACGCCUGAGCUUUCACAGCUUAUAGUAAAUGCAGGUGGAGUCGCUGCUGUGAUUGAUUGUAUUGGCAGCUGCAGAGGGACUGUCAGACUGCCUGGCAUCAUGAUGCUUGGUUAUGUAGCAGCUCAUUCGGAGAACCUGUCAAUGGCAGUGAUUGUCUCCAAGGGAAUACCACCACUGUGUGCCUGCUUGAUAGAAGAACAUGAAGAUCAUAUUAAGGCAGCAGCUGCUUGGGCCUUGGGACAGGUUGGAAGACAUACUCCUGAGCAUGCACGAGCUGUUGCAGUAACAAACAUACUACCCACACUGCUUGCUAUGUAUAUGGACACACGCAGUUCAGAAGAUCUUCAAAUGAAAACUAAAAAAGCCUUAAAGAACAUCCUUCAGAAAUGCACGUAUCUUCCAGCACUUGAACCAUUGCUGCAUGAUGCCCCUCCCAAUAUUAUGAAACACAUUGUUGGGCAGUUUAGUAAGGUGUUACCACAUGACAGUAAAGCACGUCGUCUCUUUGUAACAACUGGUGGACUUAAAAAGGUUCAAGAAAUAAAAGCAGAACCUGGGUCACUUCUUCAGGAAUAUAUCAACACUAUUAACAAUUGCUAUCCAGAGGAAAUAGUAAGGUAUUAUUCCCCUGGAUAUUCUGAGAUACUUCUGGAAAGGGUGGAAAAUUACCAUCCAGUUUUAUAAACUUCAUUUUUUUAUUAGAGCUGUAUUUCACAUUUAUGCCUUUAUGACUAUAAUACGAAUACAGCUGUUGAAACUCUUGUUUGAUUCUGAAAUCUCCUUCUACUGUUUGAACUACUGAAAGAGCUCAGCAAUUCCAGCAAGCUAUAUUUUGUUCUUUAUAAACUUGUUUGAUAAGUUUUUGUCCU